CAGAGAUCAUUCUUAUGCUGUAAAUGCAGGGUUCUGAUUUCUCUGCAUGAAGGACAGCACAGAUCCAUCUCCCUGGGUCAAUUUUCCUUUUGACUACAGGAAGACGCUCCCAAGUGACUUGCUUUUGUUCGGUCAUCUCUGAUCUCACGUACUGUGCGAGGCUGACUAGGUGCAUUCAAUACACAGCACUUCAGGAUUAAUUUCCAACCCCACGAUAUCCAUUACAAGAGGGGAGCUUCAGUGGUUUGGGCUUGAAUGGGUUUUACACAGCACGCUGUCACUACAAUGGCUGGGGAAAGGAACAGCCAAGCACUGUCGUACUGCCCAGAACAACAACUGCCAAGUGCUGCAUUAGAUAAUCCUAUCGGGGCUGAUUAAGGACAGUUGCUGAUCAAUAUGGCUUCAGAUGCCAGUCACAUGCUUGAGGCAGCUCUGGAGCAAAUGGAUGACAUCAUAGCAGGUUCCAAGGCUGCAGCAGAAUAUUCAAAUGGAAUCUUUGAUAUCACCUCGCCUAUCCCGCCAACCUAUCUGAGGUCUCUGCAGAUUUUACAGCUUGUGGAAGAUUUGCGGAUUGGCUUGGAAAUGUUGGGAAGUGAGCACGAGAAGGAGGAAGUACGGAGUCACAUCCCUGCUGCUACUGUUCAAACCAUUGCUAACUGGCUGGAUCAUUUUUCUGGCAAUCAUCGUGCAGCUGUGAAUAAUGAAACCUGCCAAGAGCGACUGACACGGUUGGAGAGCGACAGGGAGUGCCUGGUGCUACAGGUGAGUGUCCUAACAGAUCAGGUGGAGGCCCAAGGGGAGAAGAUCAGAGACCUGGAGGCUUGCCUGGAGGAACAUCAGCUGAAACUCAGCUCAACUGAAGAGAUGCUGCAGCAGGAACUGCUGAGCAGGACAGCACUGGAGAGCCAGAAACUGGAUCUAAUGGCUGAGAUUUCAAGUCUGAAAAUUAAGCUGGCUGGAUUAGAGAAGGACCACCGGGAAUGUGAUGAGUUGCAGAAAAGUGAGAACUUGCUUCGGGAAUUACGGAGCCUGAAAUCCAAAGUGGAAGAGCUAGAGGAUGAAAAGCUUCAGUAUGAGCAGAAGCUGCAAUCCACAAAGGCUGAAAUAGAAGAUCUUCAGGAACAGUUGACCAUAAAAGAUAUUGAAAUUGAGCGCUUACAGAGCCAGCUUUCCUCCAGAGCUUCUGUACAGAGUGACAGCUCUGACAGAGAGGACAUGUAUAGGAGAAGGCUCAAGGAAAAACACCAAGAGGUGCAAAGGUUAAAGGUCGGAUUGGAUUCCUUACUGGCUGCAAAUGAAGAAAAGGACCAUCGGAUAGAAGAGUUGAGUCGCCUGUUGACCCAGCGCAAAAUGAUGAAGCAGAUGAUAACAGCUCAAGGGUCUUCUGAAAGGAUACUCAUGGGGAGCAGUGAGGAAGAGUUAAGUGGCUGCUCAAUGAUUGCAACCCCCACUAAAAUGGCUCACUGCGAAGUAAUGAGGCCAGAGGUCUCACCUGAUGUCCCGUCAUCCCCUGGAGAACCUCACCUGACACCAGUCGAGUUUGAAAUGAGGAUACAACCGCGACAGACCUCAGCCAGCUUAGAGGAGCUGAACAGUGGACAAGCAGAGAAGCUCUGUGUCUGGGAAAGUGAAGAGCCUGCACAGUCUGAGAGCAUGCCUUACUCGAGCAACAACAAGUACCAGACCCUUCCGGGGAAACUUCCACAGUCUAAUCACCAGGACAACUCUGAACAGUUCCCACAGAAGCAGAGGGUGACUGCUGUCGAAAGCACAACACCUGUGAUCCCUGUAGACUUGGAGAACACUACUGCCAAUCUGAAUCGCGGCAGGAGUGCCAGCGCUCCAACUUUAGGAGAGACUGAGAGAAGUGCCGACUCCACCUUUAGCUCGCCUGAACUUUCACCUCUGUCCUCGACCACAGAAGCUGACCAAUUUCUUUCGAUUUCCCCUGAGAACAAAAAGAGCAGCAAAGGUCUCAAGAAAUUCCUGGGAAAAAUAAGGAGAACCAAUUCAUCUUCACUUCAGGAUGAUGAUGAAGGCACUUUGGAAUUCAGAAGAGGUGGCUUACGAGCAACCGCAGGACCCUGUUUAGCGAGGUCCAAAGAUUUGUCAAGCCCGCAGAUAGACCCAAAUGCACCUUUCUCUCAGUGGACGACUGAACAGGUCUGCACUUGGCUCCAGGACUGUGGUCUUGGUCAGUAUGUGGCUUUGGCCAGGCAAUGGGUCACUUCUGGACAGACGCUGUUAUCGGCAACACCUCAGGAACUUGAGAAGGAGCUAGGAAUCAAACACCCACUGCACAGGAAAAAGAUCCAGGUGCUGCAGAAGGCAGUCAGCAAUGGACAGAACGACAGUCCAGGGAAGCUGGACCAUAUCUGGGUCACACGUUGGCUUGAUGACAUAGGCUUACCUCAAUACAAAGACCAAUUCAAUGAAGCCAGGGUGGAUGGGAGAGUGCUUCAGUACUUGACUGUGAAUGACCUCUUGUUUCUAAAAGUUACCAGCCAGCUGCACCAUCUGAGUAUCAAGUGUGCCAUUCAUGUGCUACAUGCCAACAAGUUCCACCCCAACUGUCUUCGACGUAGGCCUUCCGAUGAGAAUCACACCUCUCCAUCCGAUGUGGUCCAGUGGUCAAACCAUCGCGUGAUGGAAUGGCUGAGGUCGGUGGAUCUCGCGGAAUAUGCACCAAACCUUCGAGGGAGCGGCGUACAUGGUGGUCUUGUUAUUUUAGAGCCGCGCUUUAACUCUGAAACAAUGGCUUUGCUCCUCAAUAUCCCACCUCAGAAGACGUUACUUCGGCGACACCUGACCACACACUUCAACCUGUUGAUUGGCCCAGAGGCUCAACAUGAGAAGAGAGAGUUAAUCGAGUCAAGCAGUUACACACCCCUGAACACCACAGCGAAAGUGAGGCCAAAGAAGCUCGGUUUCUCGCAUUUUGGAAAUCUGAGGAAGAAGAAGCUUGAUGAGUCGAGUGAUUACCUUUGCCCCCCGGGCAUGAUUCUUCCAGCGGCCAAUGGUUCCCAGAGGAACUGUGGGGGAUACAAAGUGAAGAAGGUUGUUGCGGACAGGGACUUGAGCAGGCUGGAGCAGAUGGAGGAUUCUGAAAGGACAGUUGAGCAGAUAGGGGCAUUCUCAGAAGGCAUGAACAACCUCACAACCCUACUAACGCAAGAUGAGUCACCAAGAUGCAGUUUUGAAACACUGGUUACGGCAGAAGAGGAGCAACGUUAUUGACAACAUGUGCCCAGGACUCAUUGCUUGUUUCUCUCUCCUGAACACACAAAUACCAUUGAUUCAGGAGAUGUUUGCACCAGGAAGAAAGCUUUUAAAUUGCCAAGCUAUUUAGUCAAACUUUUUUUUAAUGUUUCAGUCAAACGCCUGGAGUUGAUUAUGAAAAUAUAUCCAUGUCUUUUGCAGCCAAGAAAGCAAUUGAAUUAAACAUUGUAAAUUAGCCAGAAUUUUUUAUUUAAUAUAUUUGUGUCCCUGUGUUUAAAACCUAAUUGUAAGUGGUUAUAACUUAUGGGGGCUUUGACAGUUUUUUGAUUACAUCUAUAGAUCUUGUAUAUGAAAGGGCUCUUUUAGUUUUAGAUAAUUCAUGGUUGUUCAGUUUAUUGUUUGUUUUAUGUAAAUUAAUUUAUACACCCUUUAAAGGACAGACUGAUAAUUUAAGGCUCUUUAAAGAUCCUGUUCCUUAAAGGUUCUUUUACCACACACACCACCCCCCAACCCAAUUAUUUGAUACAAAAAUCCAAUGGAUUAUUCUUUGAACUAUGCUAAUGGAGUGAAAUGGUUUCACUCCAGAGUAGGUGAGAUAUCUGAGAGGUGGUUCAAUAAAUUAAAAAGGAAUAUUA